AUGUCCCCUAUGCAAACAAAGCGGGUCCCGAAACAAACAUCAAAUCCUCUACAUACACCAGUCCAAGCCUUGUUUUCUUCUUCUACAACCAUUUUCCAGGGCGAGGCUGCACGACAACGCCGCCUGAGCAUCUCUGGAGUGUUCUCGUACGACUCCCUAUAUAACAGGACUCGAGUCCUCUCUCAGCGACCAGAAUUUUCGCCUUCUUUCAGCACAUCCCGCGCUUUCUGGGAGAAUCAGCCGCCGCGACAGAGUUUCAAGAGGCCACCGCGGCUUCGCCUGAUCUUCCCGAGUCUCCUGCGCUCCUUUGCCAGGCGAACGCAACUCUUCACUGAAAUAAAACAACAAAAACAACAUCUCGCGCCUCUCAGAACAUUUAGCGAAACCAGCGUCACAGCUGCUAGCAAGGAAGGUCAAGUCCCAACCAUCGGGGCCGACCCGACGAAGGAACCAUCAGCAGCGCCGCGCGGGCUCAACAUCCCUCUUCCGCAGCCGACUCUCACAUCCCACCGUUCAGACUACAAAGUUUUCGUGGACCAUUUGCGACCAUGGCUCCUCGCGGGAGAGGUCAGUCGACUCGAGAGGCUCGAAAUCCCCUGGGCGCAAAAUCAAGCUCCAGGGGCGGCAUUCAGAAGCGAAGAGGCCCGACGAGAGUCGACACCGAUGGAGAUCUCGACAUGGACGGCCCAUCAAAGCGGCCAAACAGAGGUCCUGCGACCGAAACAAGCGGUGGCAGAGGCAGACCCUCGGGAAGAGGAGGUCCACAGCCAUCUAGGGGGGCUGCCAAGGCCAACAAGAGGUCGAGGCGGCCAAAUCGAAGGGCUUACUUGGCUAAGGGUUCGUGGCCUCAAACAAAGCAAGGCUGCGUCCAAUUCAGAUGGGGGCCUCUCUGACCUGCUGGGCUUCUUGGAAAGGAAAGCCUCUUCCCUCGGAACUGGACGGAAACGACACAUUACGAUUCGAAAGUCACAGAGAGCUGGGGAAUACGUUUUUGUGGGGGCCAACAAGGAGGACGCGGAGGAAAUUCUCAAGCUCAACAGGUUUACAUUUGCCGGCGUUCAGCUGGAGGUGGUAGAGUCUAACGCUGACUUUGAGCCGUCAAGCAAGGCGACAGAGUCACCGGAGACGGCAGAGCUACGCGCAAAACUUCAGUCGAUUCUCAGUCAACGCUAUAUUGGCGAAAACAAACUACUCAAGCUCGACGCUCUGGCCUCUGACCCCGAGCUAGUCACUCUUGGCAUGUUUGAAACCCGAGAGAGGGCGCUCAAGACCUUCAAGGGCCUCAUGGCAAUCUGCGAUGGUCUCUUCAAAACGGCUCAGGAAAAGAAGGACGCGAUUCACAGCAUCAGCCUCGCUAAUAACAGCAUCGACAAUGUUACCCAGGUGGAGUCCGUAGCAGCGUCGUUCCCACAGCUAAAGAACCUGGACAUGAGUAGCAACCAAGUCAGCAACAUGGACGGACUCCAGCGAUGGAAGGGGAGGUUUCAAGAGCUCGAGACCAUUUACAUGGCCGGGAACCCGAUCGAGGGGACAGAUGCCAAUUAUAAGGCUACUCUCCUCGAGUGGUUCCCCAAGCUCCAAAAUAUCAACGGGGUUGAACUUCGCACUGCGCAGCAAAUUGCCGAGCAAGAGGCCGCCCGACAGCCAAAACCGAUCCCUCAGAGUGGACCUGACUUCCGGGAUGUCAACGGCAUUGGCGAACAAUUCCUACUCGAUUUUUUUGCAGCAUACGACACCAAUCGCGAAGGACUUAUAUCCAGGCUAUACGACGCUGGCAGUCAAUUUUCCUUGGCCGUGGACGCUGUUUCGGUCAGGGACCCAAACGCACCGCCUCCACUACCUUGGGCUGCCUAUAUCAAAUCAUCGCGCAACUUGAUAAAAAUCAGCACCCACCACGCCAGAUCACAACGACUAUUCAAGGGGCAGUCGAUCAUCAACGACCUGUGGAAGGAACUCCCUAUGACCAAGCACCCCAACAUGAAGGAGGAGCUGAGCAAAUAUAUCAUGGAUUGUCAUCCGCUGCCAGGUCUGGCCGACCCCACAGGUCAAAGCCAGCUGGGUGUCGAUGGCUUAAUCCUUGCUGUUCACGGCGAGUUCGAAGAGUACGACCAGAAGUCGGGAACCACUGGCAAGCGUAGCUUCUCUCGCACUUUUGUGCUCGGGCCAGGCCUAUCCGGAACCGCUCCGAUCCGAGUCGUCAGCGACAUGCUGUCUCUGCGAGCGUACAGCCCCCUUCCAAACGUAUUUGUCGCACCUGCACCGGCCCCCGUGGAUGCGGCAAACCAGCAUCAAGCAAUGAUUGCCGAGCUGUCAAAACAAACGGGCAUGGUGCCUCAGUACUCAGAAAUGUGCCUGUCACAAGUCGAAUGGGACUUUGGCAGAGCCUUGGUCAUCUUCAACGAGAAGAAGACACAACUACCACCGGAAGCAUUCGCAGCAGCCGUCUAG